AUGGAUGCAGCAACAAUGCAAGAAAUUGCGGAAGUAAAUACAGAGAAGGAAGAAGGAAUGGAGCAAGUACGAAAAAUGUGCUAUAGAAGACAAUGUCUCCUGCCUAGCCUAAUUAUAUUCUGCACGGCCAUCUACGAAAUUGCUGAGGCGCUGCUCAAAACCUCAACUCGUCUCCAUAUCCUUCGUCUUUCUUGCCUCUACGUUACACAAGACUCCAAAUUGUGCAGUCACGAACCAAAUAAAACCAUGGAUGUAGAAGUUGAUGGACGUAUUCAGAGCGUGGCCGCACCCUACAUUAUCAGUUACACUGUGCUACUGAAUGGACCUGCGACAAUUUCCUGCCUCUUCCUUGGCUCGUGGUCGGAUCACCACGGUAGAAAGAAAGUAUUGAUGCUUUCGCUUGUGGGCCAAAUCCUUGCCUGCGUCUCUUGUAGCGUUUCUUAUCUACCAGGGGUGGGCCACAUUCCAGGAGGCACAUUGUGCCUCCUAAUCGGAGUUCUCAUUUACGGCGCAUGCGGUAAAAGCACCGUUUUCCUGAUCGGUGCAAGCAGCUACGUGACGGACUGCAGCACGAAGGAGCGGCGCACUCGCCUACUCAGUCGCCUCAUCGGUGUGGGUUUCUUUGGCAACUGCAUUGGCUAUGCAUUCGUUUCUAUUUUUAUCACUUUUCAAUGGAUUUUAAUGGCAGUCAGCAUUACCGCUGUAGUCCUUUUUGUAGCCAUACUCCUUUUCGUCAAAGAAACCGUCAUAUACGACCCACAUAAGAUAAUGAAUGAGCAAGUUAUAAAAGCCCAUGUCCCAGCUAAAGACGUUGAGGUCAUGGAAGAAGAAGAAGAAGAAGAAAGGAAAAACCGGGUAGAGAAGAAUGAAUCCUACCCGAGGACCGAUGAUUGUGAGAACGCAAUGCUUGUUCCUAUGGAAAGGAGAGAGCCUACUGGAUUGUGUUUUACAGUAGCUCAUAUUGCGUAUUUUUUAUUGAGGAAGCGUGAUCGAUGCGAUCGGGUGCACAUAAUCACACUCCUCCUCUGCUGUUUCAUCAGCCACAUGGUGAAGGUAGGUGAGAACGAUGCAAUGCUGCUCUACGUGACCCGCGAGGGAGUUGGCUGGAAUGACAAGAUUUACGGGGCCUACCUGAGUGCCAACUACGUAGCGAUGUCUCUCCAGUUGCUAGUGGUUUACCCACUGUUAGAGCGGCUCUUCAAUCCCUCUGAUGAAACUUGCAUCAUCUUUGGAGCUUCAGUCAGGAUUUUGACAUUCGCAGCCACUGGUUUGACCAAUAAAACCUCCCUCCUCUUUGCUUACGGCCUUCUUGGCUCCUUUGGAGCUUUUGUAACCUGUGCUGGACGUUCUAGUUUAACAAAACUGACAUCAGAGGAGGAGGUUGGUACAAUGCUUGCGCUGACGAGCUUUCUGGAGGUCCUUUCAGCAACCAUUGGCUCCAGCUUAUUUACAGAAGUCUUUGUCGUCACCCGAGAAUAUUUUACCGGAACCGUCUUCUUCAUUCUUGCUGCUUUGCAAGGUGGCAUUUUAAUGAGUCUAUUAAGAAGAGCCCUCGGAGCCACCAUUCAGAAUAUUCGAUUGAGUAACAUCGAAUUUCCUUUUACACCUCUCCUUAUCCGUAUUUUAAUCAUUUUACUGGAGUUAUUGCAUCAUCGUAUGAAUAGGGAUGAUCGACUCCUCACCGGCUUGGCUAAAAAGGCGCUAGCCAACGAGCACAAUUGGAAACCCAAAAUGUUCCAAAAGAUUCUGCCGAACCUUGUGAUAUUCAUUUUUUCAAUCUACAAGAUUACUGAAACUCUCCUUCAAACAUCAACCCGACUACAAGUCUACCAUCUAGUUUGUGCCUAUGUAACACAAACUGACACGUGGGACUUGAAGUCAGUAUGCUAUUCCUUUGUUGAGUCUGACACCACACCGGAACGACUGGACCAACCAAUUCAGAGACAGGCUGCACCCUUCAUUAUCGGGUAUCGCAUUCUCCUUAACCUACCCGCUAUGUUUGUUUGUCUCGUUCUAGGUAGCUGGUCUGAUCAAAAUGGACGCAAGGGUCCAAUGAUACUGCCGAUAAUUGGCGCCUGCUUAGCUUGCUGUGUCUUCGGGAUCAGUCUCAUACCAGGCUAUUCAUCGAUUCCUUUCCAAAUGGCAUGGCUUCUUGCCGGUGCCCUUCUCUAUGGACUUUGUGGCAAGAGCAAUGCUCUAGGCAUGGGAGCUCACAGCUAUAUUACCGACUGCAGCACGGAAGGAGAACGAACCACUCGCAUCAGCCGACUUUUGGGGACAAAUUUUGUCGGACUCUGCAUUGGUUCGUUGCUAGUCACAGUUUUCUAUUAUUUUUCUUCCUAUGGUUGGGUUCUCCUCUUUGCCACGGCCCUCAAUUUAAGCAUACUAAGUCUACUCGUCCUCCUGGUAAAGGAUAGUGUCGUCAAUAACUCCUCAGAAUCCCCUUCAGAUAACUAUGGGUCACUAUGCAUGCUGGAAUACCGAAAACAAAAGCAACAGAUAAGAUAUGAAGAGGAGUUGAAUGAGGGAAAUGUCCUCAAGUCAGAAGGAGAGAAGGAAAAGAAGUAUUGCUGCUGUCAGACUGUUAGAACAUCACUUAAAGAAUCUUGGGAUUAUAUUAUAAAGGUAAGACCCAAUGGACGCCACGUCUACAUUCGUAUUCUGCUCGGUGCAGUGCUAUUCAACCAAGUUACAAAGGCCGGAGAACAAGACAGCCUUCUACUUUUUGUGGUACGCCAAGGUGUGGGCUGGUCGGACGGAAUUUAUGGCGCUUACCUGGCUACAUACUAUGCUUCCAUGGCUUUAAAUCUAAUCUUGAUCUUCCCCAUAGUUGAGCAUUUAUUUCGACCUUCCGACAUAAGUCUCAUUCUUUUCGGCUUGGCAAUGAAGACAGUCCGAUUGUUGGGCACAGCAUUGACGACUAACACCGUGUUGAUUUUUGUCCUCGCUGUGCUCGGUUCCCCUGCAGGCUACAUAAUUUCGGCUCUUCGUUCGCUGAUCACGAAACUAGUGGAUUCAGGAGAAGUUGGGACCAGUUUUGCAAUCAUGUCAGUCUUUGAGACACUUGCCAACCUUUUUGGCUCUAUAGUUUUUACAUCGGUAUAUGCUGCUACUGUGACGGUAUUCCCCGGGACUGUAUUCGUCAUCGACGCCUGUUUACACGUUGGAAUGUUCGCACUCAUGAUCUGGCUUGGAUGGAGGCUGAGAACAAUAUCCACCUCAGAAUGA